AUGGAUUCUCUUAUUGCCGCAAACUCCAAAUUUUGCUUUGAUCUUUUUCAAGAGAUAAGCAAAAACGAUGAUUCUAAAAACAUCUUCUUCUGUCCUCUGAGCAUCUCAGCUGCCCUUGGCAUGGUCCGUCUGGGGGCCCGAAGUGACAGCGCACAGCAGAUCGACCAGGCACUCCACUUCCACGAGCUUUCCCAGCGGCACAGCGAAGCCCCGGACCCCUGCCUGAGAGACAGAAAACGGGAGGAGGAGCUGGCUGGCAGCCCCCCGGGAGCGCAGAAAGGAGCCUCGGAGGCUCUGCCUCUGCAGGCGGAGUCUUCCAAGGAUGAGAACCCACUUCUCAGCUGCUACUUCGGGCAGCUUCUCUCCAAACUAGAUAGGAUCAAAGAUGAUUACACCCUGAGCAUUGCUAACAGGCUUUAUGGGGAGCAGGAAUUUCCAAUCCGUCCGGAGUACUUAGAUGGUGUGAUUCAAUUUUACCACACAACGAUCGAAAGUGUUGACUUCCGGAAAGACACUGAAAAGUCCAGACAAGAGAUUAACUUCUGGGUUCAGUCUCAAUCCCAAGGUAAAAUCAAGGAGCUGUUCGGCAAGGACACCAUCAACAGCGGGACGGUGCUCGUGCUGGUCAAUGCGGUCUACUUCAAGGCCAAAUGGGCAAAAUACUUCGAAGUUGGAAGCACGGUGGAGGCACCGUUCUGUCUGAGUGAGAAUGAAACGAAGACUGUGAAGAUGAUGAAUCAGAAGGGUGUGUUCAGAAUGGGCUUCGUCGAGGAGGCGAAGGUGCAGAUCCUUGAAAUGCGGUACAUCAAAGACAAGCUCAGCAUGUUCGUCCUUCUGCCGUCACCCUCGGCAGACAACCUGCGGGGCCUGCAGGAGCUUGAAAGGAACAUCACCUAUGAAAAAAUAGUGGCCUGGAGCAGUUCUGAAAAUAUGCCAGAACAAAGGGUCGCCGUCUCCUUUCCCCAGUUCACCCUGGAAGACAGUUACGAUCUCAAUUCUAUUCUGCAAGACAUGGGCGUCACGGACGUCUUCGAUGAAAAGAAGGCUGAUCUGACCGGGAUCUCUCCAAGUCCCAGCUUGUACCUGUCCCGAGUUAUCCACAAAACCUUCGUGGAGGUGGAUGAAGACGGCACCCAGGCUGCUGGCGCCAGUGGGGCCGUUGGCAGCGUGAUGUCUGCUCCAUCCUGGGAGACCUUUAACGCCAACCACCCUUUUCUCUUUUUCAUCAGACACAACAGAAACCACACCAUCCUCUUCUAUGGCAGGGUCUGCUCUCCUUGA